UUCGAAUCCGACUCGGACCCUUGAGCUUCUCCCUCGCGAAUGAGCAAUUUCAGUUGAACGGACUUAGCCCCGGAGGACUUCUCGACUUCCUUUCAUCCACUCUCACUCUCUUUUAUACUCGAGCCACCCAAGCACCCCAUGUCCAUGUCCGCGGAUGCAGACAUGGCCCCAGAAGUCGAGAUCAUCGACCUCACUGGCGAACCCAGCGAACCCGACCCCGACGAAGGACUCGUGGAGGACGAUGUCCCAGAGGAAGAAGGUCAUGACCGCACCCAUCCUGUGCCUUUUCCGCUCCCCGAUGGCGCCAACUAUCGCGCCCAGCUACGCGGGGCAAUCCAAUCCACCCCUGAACAUCGCCUACGCCAGACGCUGGUACGACUUAUCGACUCUGACGCCGCAGUCUACAGCGCUUUGGCGAGGGAACUGCUUGUCGUCGGAACCAGUGCGCCUGAGCCCCCUGCAAGCACCGUCCGCGUCCUGCCGCGUUGGGAGACGUGCGAGAACUGCGGGGAGUCGUAUGACGUGAACACUGCCGCGCAGGACGUGUGUGUGUUUCACCCCGGCGAAAUGGAAGCCGUCGAGGAGCGCUUCCCGGACUGGGAUGAACGCUGUCAUGGGCCCAUGGAUACGGACGAGAAUCAAGAGGAGUAUCCGGAGAACUUCGAUUGGAGCUGUUGCGAGGCUGCAGGAGACGCCAACGGGUGCGUGAAGGGCAGGCACACGCCAGCCGUGAGCAAAAACAAGAGACGCAGGCUUGUUUGAGAUCUGUACGGGAUGUCCCCGCUUUUGGUGGCUGGCUGUUGCCUAUUUCAAACGGCUUUGCCUCUUCCUGCGCAAGUCCCGCUCUGAUCAGAUUGCGGCUCGUAGACCGCCCGACCCAUUUUGUGUCCUCCGGCCUAUCAACAUAUUUACACUUUCUUGACUGUAGCCUCGCUGGUUACUAUCUCCUGACUGUAUUGCCAUUGUACCCUGUCGUAGCGAUCCUCUCGCCCACCGCUGCUCAUCGCACUCCACGAAAUGUCCAUCAUCCUCCGUCGACUAUGUGAUCACGCUCCCUUACAAAGCCCUCUUCGCAAGUCUUUGACCAAAACGACGAAACUCUCAGCUCCAACGGAUCAUCACUGAGCGAUCUAAUCCACGCUCUAGGUCCAUGAAGGGCCAAGCUAAACGUCAGCCCAAGGGAUGGUCGUUCUCCAGGAGGGAGUUUUGGUGAAUUGUCUCUGGUAUGAAGUGGCUCCCCCGGACUUAGUGACGGGCGGAUUCCAUCUCUGUUGGUCGCAUGCACCCUAUGAUUCGGAUGUCAUGUAUAUCAAUGUUUUCAUCUGAACACUUUCGUCCAUCUCUGCUCGAGACCCUAAACGUCGGUCAAGGCUUACAUCACAGAGCGGGAAGCCAACACAGACAUUGCAGCAUCCCAGAGUCCUGGAUACCAUACGACCGACACCGAAAUCUAUCUUUGACCGCACGAUCAACAGAUCAUAAAAGACGUGGUGUGAACUCGGGCUAGAACAUAUUCUCUUCUCAUCUCGCCUUGAUGGCCCCUCUUGAACCUCAUACGGAGCGUUUGGUCGGUCUGUUCUUCGGCUCUGUUCUCUAUGAACGCCGGACAGGUAUAUUACUGACCACAUUCUGUCCGUCCCUCGCGUCACUUCUUCUCAAACAAGACAAGAGAUUUGAGCUCCGACCUCGAAGGGAUAUCAAAAUUCCCAUUCUUCUGGCCACUAUAACUAUGUUCCUCGUAUCAACCUCUGCCGCGGGGCUCUCCAUCCAACUGGUCAUUAAAGGAUUCGUCGAGUAUACCGGUCCCGGCGGGCCGCUCCAGUACUUCAAUGACGUUUCCGGGUGGGAGAACUGGAUCAUAGCGCUAAGCGACGCAAUUCAGAUGUUGGUUGGGGAUGCACUUCUAAUUUAUCGAUGCUACGUGUUGCAUGAUCGCAAUUGGAAGAAGAUUGUGGUUCCCCUUGUCAGUUACCUCAUGAUUCUUGGUAGCAUUCUACGUUCCUGCCGGGCCAUGGUUUCGACUUUCAUCACGAGUGUCUCCACGACGUUCCUAAUUAUUCGGCGAUUGCACUCGGCCAAACCAGAAGUUGGCGCCGUGCCAACACAUUUCCUCACUCGCGUGGCCGCAAUCUUUUUCGAAACAGGAUUGAUCUACACUCUUGCUCUGGUGGCAUUUCUGGGUGUGUAUCUGUCCCGAGAUAACUUCAAAUGGGCAAUGUCUCUCUGCGUAAGCCGUCCUGCAAUAGUACUUCUCGCUCCAAGCAUGCUGAAUGUUCGUCCCAAAGAUGACCCACAUCAUCCCCAUCACAUGGAAUACAUUGCUGAUCCGAGUGCACGGGGCUAAAUCAAAAACGGAUCUGGAGAUCCGAUGAGAAAGCGUCUCCGUGAGACACCGAGUGGGAUUCAUUUUCUAGUCACGUACCUCAUCUCGUCAAGCAGUUUCACACAGGAAAGUCGAUUGUUAGUUACGAAACUCUGAUAAUCGAGCGAUGAACAUAGUUUUACCGCUACCAGCCAGGUAUACAUUCUGGAGAUUUAUCGGCCACUUGGACGUACAGAUAGUCAGCACAGUCAUCGCCUGUUUGCUCGCAUGUGUCUUUCUAGGGAUAACCUAUGAUUCACCUUGAUCGAAAAAUAUACGUCGAGGCGUC